CUUGUGUUGCUAGAUUUCAGAAAAUAAACGGCAGGCAUUAACCCUGUGGAGGUGAAGGGAGGUUUGGGGCCUUCCUUGCAUCCCCGUCCUUCCCUGGGAAUGGCUUCUCCAGCACGGAGCUGAGUGCCUGGUUCACCUUCUGCAAGAAAAUAGACAGGGGAAGGGCUGCUGUGCUGCCUGUGAGAUGGCACAAAUGGAAAGAGAGUGCAGGAUGGGUUUGUGUGCGGGACGGGGUCUGUGCAGGCUGCAUCCCGUAGCGAGCACGCACAGCCCGUGCAGCUUUCUUUUGUCAGCUGAAAUCGAUAUGCGUAUGCGUGUACGUGUUGGGAUUUGUUUUGACACAACUGUGUCAAGAAACCAAGAGAUAGCAGCUUAUGAACGACAAUGCUGCUUUGGACUUAAUACCGGGAUCAGCUGCCUGGUUCGGAGUGAGCUCACGAUAUUGGUGUCUGAUCUUAUAAAUGGAUUAAAGCCGCGCAGCCGCGGUGCCUGUUUAUUAGUCUUCCAGCACAAUAGCAGAUAGGUAUAAUCCAUACAUUAAUGUGUAUUGCAGUGACCUUGCAAGGAGUGCAUUGUGCCAGCAGACACUGCAAACCCCCAAAACUCAAGUGGUUUAUCUCAGCAGUGCUGUGGCAGAGCUGAGACAAAGCCCAUGCAUGUCUCCUUGGUUGAGACCUGUGCUGUGAACCCAGGUUUGUUGCUUCCUUCAUUGGCACAGCAGACAGCAAAAGCUGCUAUGUCUUCUUACUCAUGCCAUUCAAUGCUUGCUAGUGGCUACAAACGCUUUCUUUGGAAAUGCGUUGGUGCAGUUGCAAGCUCUGAAAGUUCAUUGCAAUCUGUGCCUGUGCUGAUGAGGUUCCUGGAGGUGAGGCUGGGCUGCUGGUAAUUGUUUUAGUUCAGCCUUGCAAAAUGUUACUUGCCCGAGGUGAGUAAUAUUUUUUGAUGGGCGAGUGAAAGAUCAUCAGUCACCGUCAUUGCCUGGGACAGGCAAACAGUUUUUGUCUGGAAUGGUAAGUUUUGAAAGCCGUCCCAGAAACUGGAUUAGCUGCGCCUCGUGAGAACUCCUUCGGUUUUUUUUCCCCCUGUUUAAAUUGCAGUUCAGUCCUCCACUAAUGUCAUGAGAAUGAAUGACAGAUAUAAUAUAGUGGCUGUUACAUAACUAUGCUAAAUUUUACAGGAAACGGGAUGCACGGAGCUCUGAAUCCUGGCUUGCUCGAGCGCAUAUAUAUUACACUGAAUGAAAUGCCCGGCUUUGCUAGGUUUCCCAUUCUGUCUCAGGGAGGAAGGGUGAUUUGUAAGUUGGCUAUUCCCAGAACAGCACGAUAUCAAAUUCUUUCCUUGAUGCCAGCUGCCUCUUGAAUGGAAUUUCACCUCCUACUAUACGGAGGCUUAGCCAGAAGGGCUGCGAACCUGAGGCUGUUUUUUACUUGAUUUACAGCCUUUGGGUUUAUUACAUCGUCGCGUUUCUCACAUUUUACCCUCAUAUAAAGACACUGAAAUCCUCGUGUCGUUGGCAGUCAAGCUGGGCAUCAUGUGAAAUGGAAUUUCUGUUGAAAUAUUUCUCUUCCCAUUAGAUCUGAUGGUGUAUAGGGAAAUAUAAUGAACCCCAAUCCACUCAUUCAGCCUCCAUGCUUUUAUUUGUUUGUAUGAACUUGUGCCUUUUUUCUCAUAUUCUCUUUUUUUUUUUCCUCCCAACUAAGGCAAGAUGGAUGUUAAAAGCCAAAGCUGCUUUUCUGCUGUAACGAUGAAGCAGUUUCCCAAGGCUGCACUGAGGUUCAGUGGCAGAAACAAGAUCAAAACCUGAGUAUUUCGGGCUUCCUCUUCCUGCAGAUCUCAAAUCUGAAGAUAAAGCACAGAGGUCUGGGUGGUAGCAUAUUAAUUAAGAACCGUUUUCUCUGCCAGCGUGCUAGUCAUUUAUCAUUUCAUACAUCUGAAUCUCCAACUUGGAGCUGAAUGACUCAUCACAGCUUUGCUGCAUCUUCUGAUAAAAUUUCUCAGUCUCACAAUGUUAAAAAAUGAAAAGCAAUCGCAAAUAGGGACAAAUCGGAAACGUUCGUGCUUGACUGUGGCUCUUCAGAAUGUUUCAAGUUAGUUUCUGCUGUCUUUCUAAUUGCACAGUUUGCUUCCUUUUAUUGAGCUAUCUUGGUUUUAUUGUAGAUGGUUCUGGUAGGGAGUCCUAUAAGAACGGUAAUUUCUUCAUUGCAUUUUUCUAGGGCUUUUAAUAGAUUUAUAAAGCACAGGAGAUGGAAAAGCCCCAUUAUCGUGUUGGGCCUUCUCCAGACAGCUCAGGAUUGAGCUCAGGAUUGUUUUGUGCGUUACGCUUCUUGACAGCAGUUUAAUUACUUCUGCAGUUUAAUUACGUUCUCCCAGGCUCUGUCCGAGCGCUUUCCAAACCCCCUUUCCCGGAGGCAGCCCUGCAGACAAUCGUGGUGUUGCAGCUUCCUUAUUUUUAGAGCCUGAGCGCAAAUAACACCAAAAAAGUGAUGGUUUUGUCCUUGCAGAAAUCAGCAUCAAAGCUUGGGCCACAAACAGGUGUUUCUAGAUGGACCAGGCCACAUCAGAUAUCAAUGCCUGCUGAGCCUCUGGCUGCAGUUGUUGGAUAGCACCCAGCCUGAGCUUUGGGCUGGGGGUGGUGGUUGGGUUCUGUUUGCAUUGCCAAGGACACCGGGCCGGGUAGCACCCGUGGUUCCAUUGAAACCAAUGGUGGUUAGGCUGGGUGCUGCAGCUCGGCUGUGCUUUGUUGGCUCCCACGUGCACCACUGUGGCUUGGCCUGAGCAGGCCAUGUGCUGCUGUGCUGAUUUUUUCUUUCUUAAAAUUAAAUAAAGAACCCAAAGAGUAAGCAGAAAGAUGGAACAGAAUGUCCCGGAGAGCAGCGUCAGCAUCCCGACAGCAGACUGCGAUUUACUGAGUGCCUUAGACUGGACAGACGGCGUUGGUACCUUACCCGGUAGCAACAUACAAUACGUUUUAAAUGAGUUUGGAAUGUUAGAAAUCAUUACUGAAGUAGAAGCAGAAGCCUUAGAAACUCUUUCAGCCUCAGCAAUAAAUGCCAGUCCAGCCAGCUUUGCUCCUGCUGCUAUCAACACUCCUGCUGCCUCUAGCACUGAUCUGGAAGUGCCCAAAGACAACGUGCCCUGUUCUGAUUUCCCAACUUGCAAGCAAAUGGAUUGCUUUGAGAAUGGGAAGUUUUGCACUCAAACAGGCUCUCAGCAGCACAGGGACAGUGAUACCAAAGAAAUUCCAGAUGGUUGCAGAAACAGGGGAAAUGGUAGAAAUCUUAAUGCCAGCGUUGGCCCUCAGGUAAAUGAGGCUGACAGACCUGUGAAACGGCUCAGAAGGAAGAGAAGAUUGCUUCUGGAGUCUGAGGAUGAUGAGGAAAACGCAUGUGAGGAUGAGGAGAAGAAUAAAUCAAAUAAUAUGAAAAGCCGCAGAAACACUAAACCAAUAAAACAAGUUGUUCCUGCAAAGAAGAAGGCGUGGAACUGGAUUUCCUACUUGGAAGAGGAGCGGAUGCCAGCUGCUCCCCUAAAGCUGUUCAGAGAGUGUCAGUCAUUCCCACAAGGCCGAAAUGGAUUUAAAGUUGGAAUGAAGUUAGAAGGGCUGGAUCCUGAGCACCCCUCUCGAUUUUGUGUUCUUACAGUGGCAGAGGUACAAGGAUAUAGGAUGCGAUUACAUUUUGAUGGCUAUCCGGAGUGCUAUGACUUCUGGGUCAAUGCUGAUUCCUCAGACAUCCAUCCUGUUGGCUGGUGUGAGAAAACAAGUCAUAAGCUGCUCCCUCCUAAAGGUUUCAAGGAGGGAGAAUUUAAUUGGACUUCCUAUUUGAAGAAUUGCAAGGCUCAAGCAGCUCCAAAAAGCCUGUUUAAGACCCUCAGUACUCCUGUCACGCCGUCUGGUUUUCGUCUGGGAAUGAAGCUAGAGGCAGUGGACAAGAAGCAUCCAUCGCUGAUGUGUGUCGCAACCAUUAGUGACAUGGUGGAUAACCGCCUGCUAAUUCAUUUUGAUAACUGGGAUGAGACUUACGACUACUGGUGUGAAUCUAGCAGCCCAUAUAUUCGUCCUGUUGGCUACUGCCAAGAAACUGGAACCCCACUGACAACACCACCUGGAUACAAGGAUCCCAAAGCCUUCUCAUGGGAGAAGUAUUUGGUAGAGACCAACUCGCAGGCAGCCCCAGCAAGAGCAUUCAAGCUGCGUCCUGCUCACGGAUUCCAAGUUAAUAUGAAGUUGGAGGCUGUAGACAAAAGAAAUCCCAUCUUGAUAAGAGUGGCAACAAUAACGGACAGAGAUGACCAUCGUAUUAAGAUACAUUUUGAUGGCUGGGACUGUAAUUACGAUUUCUGGGUCGAUGCAGACAGCCCUGAUGUUCAUCCAGUAGGCUGGUGUGCAAAAACUGGACACACUUUGCAAGUCCCUCUAGGUGCUGUUGAUCCUGUGGAAACAGUGGGGCAAACAUGUCCCACUCCAGGCUGUCAUGGUAUUGGUCAUGUCAGGGGGCCACGAUAUGGAACGCAUUAUACGUUGGUUGGCUGCCCAUAUUCUGAUGUGAACCUCAACAAAGAAAACGUGUUACAGGACCGCCUAGGCGGGGAGAGGCCUUCCCUGAGCAGCAGCCUUCAGAAAGCCAAGAGGCUGGAGACCCCUGCCCAAGUUCUGCUCAGAGCAGGAGAGUCUUCUCAGGAGGACUCUCCCCAAUCCAGGAAAUCUGCACAAGACAGUGAGAAGUCAUGUCAAGGCAGCGUUCAAAGUCUGUCGGAGCAGUCUGAAAGCAACGAAGCAAAAGACUGGGUGGAAGAGAAACCCACUGGAAACAUCGAAACCAAACCCAAAAAGCUUGGAUGCUCACAUGCCUACAUAAAGUUGCAGCUGGUGAAACAGGAAAACGACGGGAAAGACCCCGACUGCAGCCUCCAGCAGGCCCUCCACCAGUCCAUCUUCAUGCCUGCCCUGGACUCCAACCCGAGCCACCGCCUCCAUCUCUGCUGGGAGCAGCACUGCAGGCUCUUGCCGGAGGUCUUGGGCCUCACAGCCAAACACGUGACCAAGUGGACCGUGGAGGAGGUGGUAAGCUUUAUCCAGCGUUUACCUGGUUGCAAAGAACAAGCAGCUGUGUUCAGGGAAGAGGUAAGUCAGGUCUGCCCCAGUCCUGUGCAGUGUCCCUGGCUGUGGCAGCGGGGUGCUUUGUGCCCCUGUUGCUCUGCAGUCACAGUGCUGACUGCACAGACACUCUCAGCCUUGCUAUUAGCCUGUGGCAUUUAGGAGGCAGCUUCGGCACUGAGCUGAAAACCCAGCAUGGUUAAUUGCAUUCUGCUGCUUUAAAUUUCCCCUCCCGUUCCAAUCGCUUAGCUUAUGCUUAACAUCCUGUCUUGGACUAUUGUCUGGUGUUUUUGGCAUCACUAUAAAGAUGUCCUGUUGGAAUGGUGCAGCAAAGAUCUCAUCUGCUCCCUCUAACAAGAGCAUAUGCCUGCUUCUCUUGGGCAGGCUGGCAGACAGAGGGCUCCUUAGGAAUCCCUGGCUUCUCCUGUGGACCACGGUGGGAGCAGGAGGGCACCUUUCCUUGAACAAGCAAAGGCUGGGGAGUCAGAGCAUCUCCUGCCUGCGACGUGUCCUGUCACUGCCUUGUGCUGGGCUCUGUUCCCUGUUUGUGGUGCAUUCCCCACAGCUUCUCAGAAAUCCCAGCAGUGCAGGAUGUGGCUGCCCUGUUCCCUUUUGCUGAUCCUAUGAUGCUUAGGCUCUGCUGAGCGCUUUGGCUUCCAGUUACGUUGCAGGGACGCUUUGGAGGUUCUUCAUAAGCCCGUGAUUAAUUUGCACAGACAUGCCUCCCCUUCUGCUGCUCUGAUUGUAAGAGCUUGAGGGAAGGGGCUGGGCCUUCCCUGCGUUCUGCAAGGCACUUAGUGCACCCUCUGUGCCGAGGAGAAGCACUGCGAAGUGGAGUGGCUGCGAAGGACAGGUUUGUAAUAGAUGACUGCUCCCCAGAGCUGGCUUCCUUUCAGGAUGAAUCAGGCUGGAGUGCAUUUUAUGGGAUUUAUGUCUCUGUAUUUUGCUUCCCCCUAUUUUAAAACGUACACACGCGCAAAACAAAAAGCAAAAUAAAUUGAUGCUUGUUCACAGUGUGGCCAUGUAGUGGAAUAGCAUUUAAUUGAAUAUAGUGGGAAUGGUGAAAUUUCUCCCAAUAAACCAGACCUUCAUCUGCUAGAAGUCAGGAUGUGAGGGCUUGGGAAGUCUACUAAUGGAACCACCCAUUUACAAUUUGGUUUUUUUUUCUUCUAGCAAUAAUUGAAGUGGGUCCUGAACGCAGUGGCUGUUUUCUAGUUCAGAGAGCAGCAUAGCCAUGUUCUAUUUUAAUACCUUCUGCAGUCUCAAACUAUGGUUCUCUGUGCCAAACGAGAGAGGCUUGGAUUGUUUUUCAGGUUUGUGCUCGAGCUAAACUGUCAGUGUAAAAUUAAAGCCCUUUUAGCAGUUUGGCUUUGGCCAAAAUUCAGGUGUGAGCAACAGGACUGCUGGACUUGACCAGAGUUGUCCAUUACUGUAAUCAGGCCUUUGAGUGCUCUGUGUUCAGGAGAAAUAAAUCCCUUGCAGACUCCUGUUGGCGGGAAGGGGAAGGAUAAGUUCCUGCUUAUGUUACAAAUGAAGAGAACAAACUGUGCACAGAAUUCUAAAAACCACCCAAAGAAGAGGGAACAAAGAGAUGAAUAACAAACCACAGGCAGCCAUCCUGCGCUCAUUUCUAGGACCAGCUCAGGGAAGGUCUGUUCAAAAUAAACAUCGUUGAGGCGAUGCAAUGGAAGGGAAACGUAAUGAGAAUAUUGGACUCGAAAGCAUUUUGAAACAUAAGAUUGUUUUUCAGCAGUUUUCUUCUUCUCUUGACUCUUUUUAUUUAAUUUAAGCAGCGGUCCAUUUAUUUCAGGCUAUUUUUACCGUGGGCCGUGCAGCAGUGCAGACUCGAGGUGGCUUGCAAAUAGGAUUCAAUGAAAUGUGGCUGGCUGUGCACUGGAAGCCUUGCUGUCAUUUCCAGUGCCCAUACUGGGAAGUAAAGGAACUUGCUUAACAGUCUCCUUGAGGUUAGAGAGGGGGAGCCCGAAUUCCUGGCUCCCAGCUCUUUGCCUUGUCCAAGUUGAUGAAGCGUGUCCUUUUCUACCAGUUGUUGACACUGAGAAGAAUUCCAGUUAGGAAGAGUGCAGGGACAGAAGAACUGUUGUUCUGGCUCAGCAGAGUGUCUAGCAUUGUCCGCUGUGCUGGUGAGCAUCAAGUGAGAGGAGGAGAUGCUGUCACUCUCUGUAAAUGCACUUUAAUGGAAUAACUUAGAGAGACAUGUACUGUUAGUCUGUGUCCAUUAAUCUUUGGCUUCUCCUCUGCAGCGUUUGGGGUUUAUAUUAAUUGUAUCCGUUGUCUCUGUGGAUGCUCUUGUGAACCAAAAUACAUUUUUAACCUCUUCUUAAAAUAAUACGUUUUUACUCUCCGCUACCUAGAGCUCGCCUUAUUUUCACAAGGUAAUACAGUUUUAGAUUGCUUGCUUUGAAUCUGAUUGAAUGUCUCCUUGCUGACGGAUUAGGAGAGCAUGUGUGUAAAUCCAGACAGAUUCCCUGGCUUUAUUGUGCCCUGUUUUAUGUAACACACCAUCUCUUUUACCUUGUGCUGAACGAACCCGUUUAGUACCAUGGAAAACUAUUUCAUAAUAACCUCCUGCUACUCCUUUAAAUGGAGGCUCGGGUGUCUAUGGGCAGAGUGCUGGUUCUGACCAGUUCUUCUUCUCAUCUGCAAAGUUUCUAGCAAAGCUGACCAAAGCAGCAGCAAAGCUUUACACUUCACCUUCAGCUGCUUACCAGGAGCCCGAGGAGCUGUGCAAUGACAGCGUGUGAUGAGCGCGCUGGGAAAUGGUGAUUUGAUACUUCUAAUUGCUGUAGACGAGUGUAAUGUAUUAAUUCUUGGAUAGCUGCCUCCUGAAGGCUUGCAUUUCCUGAUCUCAUUUUUGGCCACAGAUUGUGACUAGGCUGUGGGAUUUUUGACAGUGGCUGGCUUUUUAGGGUAAGUAUCCUUAUAGUGCAUAGAAAGUCUAAUGGGCGAGCUUCAUCCUCAUCAUCUCUCAGUAAGUUUUGCCCACACUGUCCCUUGUCAGGCUUCUAGGGGAGGCCUGAGAACCUCAGGCUGGUGUGGGUGCCAGAACUAGAGAGGACAAGGUUUCCAUCCUCAAGGCUGUGUCUGUAUUUUCGUUCCUCAGCACACUGCUUAACUGAGCAACCAGAAGUGAGAAUCCCCUUUACUUCCUGAUUGUAAUUUUUAUCUUCUGUUGUGUUUUGCACCUCUAGCAGAUAGAUGGUGAGGCCUUCCUCCUCCUGAACCAGAAUGACUUGGUUAAAAUACUCAAUAUCAAGCUGGGUCCUGCCCUGAAGGUCUACAAUGCCAUUCUCAUGCUCAAGUCUGCAGAAGAAGAGUGAGAAGAGCCCUUUGGCCAAGCCCAAAAGGAAUUGACAGGGAGCAGAUCAUCACUGAGAGCAUUACGACGUGCCCGAGAGGCAGGCUGCGACUCAGAUAUAUUUUAAGUCGAACUUAUUAAAAAUAUUUUUAGGACAUUAAAAAAAAAAAAAAAAAUCCUGCCACAAUCUGGAAUAUGGGGCAGCUUCACUUCCAAGAAGAGGUUAUUAUAUUUUGUAAUUGAAUUUGGUUUUGAUAUAUCAAUCUCUUUUUGAGAUCUAGAAGAAACCUCCGGUUAUAAGGGGAAUCCAGGGUCACAGUGGUGGAGCUGCAAUAGCAAGAGGACAGUUGUGAGUACGACGACUGCUGUGUCCCACGAGAGUGCCUGAAAGAGACUGAGUUAUCACCAGCAUGUUCAACAGAUGUAUGUACAAAAGCUCUGAAAAGGAGAGGGUAAGAAAAUGGGUGCACUUCCGAGCAACUGAUCUGUAUCCUUCAGUGCUGUGAUUCAAGAGCUGACCUUUUCUCAACUGGUUUUUUUUUUUUAAGUUCUCCUGCUGAUGUUGGUUGUUCUAAAGCCUCUUGCUGGCUGCCAGGCUGCUUACACCACAACUGCAGUGCACUGUGGGUGAAUGGUUUCCAUCACUGGUGGCUUACAUCGUGUCUGAUAACAAGCACACCUUUCUCAUUCUUGCUGCCAGGCAGCUGGAGGAAAGCCCUGUGUGGAUGGGUUUGGGGUAGGCAAAGAUCUCUCCUAUAGUUUAUCUCUCACAGCUGUGUUUCUCCCAUCAGUGCUUUUGGGCAGCUGCUGUCUGGACCGUGAUCAUCUUAGGGCAAAACAGCACAGUCAGGAGCACCUGGAAGUUUGGUGGGUUUGUCCAAGCUGCCUUCACAGCCAACCAAAUGCUAGGAAUAGGAGCUGAAAACCCCGCGGUGGACGGCAUGUGUGUGCGUGUGCAAGCAGAGUUCCUAGGAACAAUCUGCUCUAAUUUUCCAACAGUCAAAACCCGUGAACACUUGAGUGCUUUAGCGUAUUGAGCCUCCAGGUGGAUGUUGGUCCUCAGCAUCUCUGGGGGUGAGACAGGCAGAGCUCAUGGGCAGGUUUGCCUGGGGGGGGGGGGGGGAUCAGUCUGAGAAGGCAGCAAAGCAAGCUGAGAAUUGUUUCUCAGAAGAGAUUUCUGGUCUGUGUCAGGGAGGAAGCAAAGCUUGUGGCUCUGUUCCUGCACACGCAGGUGGCAAUCUGUGCUUACAUGGCGGAGGGGAGCACUGGUGUUUCUGCUGUGCUGGAAUUCAGAGCGUGCUGUUAUGAACAUGCAGCAGUCCCUGAUCCCUCCAUGUCCUUCCCAGCUUCUGAGAAGGUGCUCGUGACCUUCUGAAGGUACUGAGUUCCUUAAAAUUGUAAAUAAAGCAGAAUCCACGCUGCUGAAUGCAUUGGGUCCUGGAUUAGUGGUAUAUAGAGCGGUUUGUCUCCAUACCUUCUAUUUUUAUAUAAAACAUGAAGGAUUUUUAGCCUUCCACAGCAAAGACAUAGGAAUGGUGGGAUGUUCAGUAGCUGAAACAUUAAAUAUCAGCCAUGCAACCGCAGGAGAGUCUUGUAUUUUAGUACAAGAGACAGGGAUAAGACAAGCUAUAAAUUUAAUUUAUUACAAUGAAUUUAUGGAGCGGUAAGCAGGAUGUUCAUCAAAGCGUCCCAUUCCUUUGUCCCACUCCAUGCAUCCCACAUCUCUGUGAGGCCUGGGCUCUGACACAGCUCGCCUUCCAGGCAAAGCAGAGCUGUUUGGUGACAGCUGGAGCAGAGGAUUGUUAGCUGCCCUGUUCUGUUCCUGGCUGAACAACCCCAGCCCUCUGUGCUCUGUUUUCCUCCUCUGUAACAGCCAACCAGCUGGAGUGUGUGCAGUUCUACCUUGUUCUUGUUUCCAGCCAGCACGUCCUGCUGAAUGUUCUGUUUCACCUCCUUCCUUUGGGAAACUGCACUGGGGGACAGCGGAUUGCUUCCAGCAAUAAAACUAAAUGUAAUAUUAUUCCAUCUCCUUUACUAUAUAUAGACAGAGGAUGAAGAGAAUUGGUGAAGCAAGCAAUGAGAUUCUAGGCACUGAAAUUACUCAAACAGAAGAGAGAUCUUAAAUCCUAGAGGCUUCCAAGCCAGCUGGAUCAAAGAUGAAAAUGUGUACUUGGAGUUUGUUCAGUGACAGCAGUAGUAGUGCUGUGAGCGAGGAGGGAGGAGGAAACCUUUUAGGGAUAGGAGGAGGAGGAAUGUGCUUUUUGUGCCUUUUUUUGUAAUCCAGUAAUUGUCUUUGCAGAGCAAGCAAGAAUGUGCACUCAUCUAUUGCUGGGUCUUUUUCCAAAUAUAGCUAGAUUCUAAUGAAAUCAGACACAUUCACAGUACUGCAGUGACAAAAAAGAUUUCCAGUGUCUUCACGGGCACGCAGAAAAAUUCCCUCAUUCUUACAGGGCUAAGAAAAACCAAAACAAGUCUUCUGUGAGCCCCAGCUUUGCUCCUUGCCUUAGGAACUCAGUGAGUGCUGCUGACAGGGAGCUCUGCUUUCACGUGCUGCUCCGUGGCUUGGUUCUGUCUCCAGACUCUGCUUUUGCAAAGUCAGCUCUGCCUUUUCUCAGCCCUGAGCACGCUCUGUGUCUAGGCAAGGGGUCUGCAGAUGCCUUUGGUGGCGUAAUGCCUUGUCGUCUAAUUCGAAACAUGCACUUUGAAGCGGAAAGCCAAAAGUUGUAGCUCUGCGUUGCACGAAGCUGAAACUGGUUAACGCCACCUGGUCGAGGAGGCUUUCGUAGUCUGCAAAGCACAAGCCUGCUGCUGUCCCAGCUGAGCCCAGGGAAUGCAUUACCCAAAGCCACCCCGAGCUGAGACCACCUCCCAGGGCCCUGCAGUGCAAUGCAAGCUCUGCUCUCUCAGUGGAAACGCAGCUUAUUUCCUCCGUGUGUUUUGGAGAUGCGAAAUGAUCAAAUCCUUCUCCUCUUCUCUGCUGUUAACCGAGCUGUUCAAAUAUUCCUGUCGCCCGUGAUCCCCCUUGUAAUCCAGGAGGAGCAGGUUUCAGCUCUGGGUAACGAAUCCCGUGAAAGUCGGGCAGAAACGCUCAGCACCGCUCAGCACAAAGUUCUCCCACCAAAGGAGAAGUUCUCAGCCCAGGGGAUAAGCCAGUUCAGCUGUGGAAGAUUUCCUGCCUGCUACUUUUCAUGCCCUGCUUAGGGAUUUGUAGCACAGAAAGCUUUAAAGUUUCUGACGUUCUCUCCGUCAUGUGAUGAGCGAGCUUAUUUUUGAGAUUCCGAUGACUCGAACUGGAAACAGCUCCGCUCAGCCUCGGAAAUGUUUGCCUGCAUUCAUGCAAACAAAUGCUUGAGCUUUCUGUCACUCGCUGCGGUGCUGCACUCCGCCAGCGCUUUCUCCUGGAAAUGAGAAUAAAAUUAAUAUAAGUUCA